AUGAAGUUACGGCUAGUUUCCGACGGAAAAUGUUUUGCGGGUCUCACAGUGGACUUAGAGAUGCUUCUUGUUGAUUUGAGGGAAAAGAUUAAAAACGAGGUCCAGGAAUUGAUGCCUUCAUCUUUCCGAUUUCUUUUUAAAAAUGUCCCACAGGGAGCAAAUCAGGAAUCACGGUUAAUGCUGCGUUACUGCGUAGAAAAUUCUGAUGAAAUCCAAGGUUCACAAGAAGCCUUCGGGAGAGACAUCGCUUUAAAGAUGAUUACUCGAUUCAUCGUUUUCACCGUUCUUCUCUCCAACAUUGCUAUUGCCGCAGUAUUGGACCAGGAGCCCCCAGUUUUCACAUAUUGCCCAAAAGAUAUCAACAUAGAUGAUAUCACAAAUACAGUAAUCAGAGUUAAUUGGGAUCGUCCAUUAGCCAAAGACAACUCUGGAGCACCUUCCAGUAUACAGUGCAACAGAGUAUCUGGAGAGGAAUACUCUGUACCUGGUUCGUAUCAAGUAUUUUGCGAGGCCAAAGAUCAGGCUGGCAAUAAAGCGGAAUGUACCUUUCAAUUAGUUCUAAAAAAAAAACAAUGUCCCUUGUACAAGCCUCCUAAGAAUGGUGUUCUGGCCUGUUUGUAUUUCGGCUCGGACCCUGCUUGUGCUCCAAUGUGCCAAAAAAAUUUCGACUUCGCCUUCCGUCCACCUUGGAUGUACCUGUGUUCUGGUGGAAAAUGGCACAAUUUGGGACCUGGGAAUUACGGACCUUGGCCUGACUGUUCUGGGCCGUCUGACGGGAGUAAAAUGCUCUUUCCUGAGCAUUACUUUGAUGGUGACCAAAAAGAUCCUGUCGUUCAAAUAAGAAUGAACCUCAUUUCUUUAAUGAAGAUGUUUGGCUUUUGCAACUUUGGGUCUGCAAACUGCGUGGCUGAUAAAGUUGAAGUGUACUUUUGA